CCCACGAUUCACGAAGGUCUGGUGUGUAAAAUUAGUUUCUUCGAAUUAUCCAGGUUGUGGCUUUGCAUCCUUAGUGCGGCCGGGGACUGAGUGGAUGGCCACCUUCGUCGGCAUCAGCAUACCAUCAUCUUCUACCUUUUUCUCGUCUCCAACUCCUCCUCAUCCCUCUCCUCCACCCCUCAAUGUUUCUUCCGUGCUCCAAUUCCAGAGCGGGUGUGCGGGGAGAGUGCUAAUGCAUCCCGUGAAGUGCUUAUCGAGGCCAAGUCCUGGCCCUGAGACGGAGGUUAAGACAAAGGCGUCGUCGUCUGGAGCAAGCAUUUCUACAUAUAGAUGGUGUGCGGCGCUCGGGGGUUUGGGGUUUCUUGAAACGACGUACUUAACUUACCUCAAACUCACCAAUUCCGAGGCCUUUUGCCCUAUCGGUGGUGGCAGUUGCGGCGAUGUCCUCAGCAGUGAUUACGCCGUCGUUUUUGGUGUUCCUCUCCCAUUGAUAGGAAUGGUUGCAUAUGGGUUUGUUGCAACACUUGGUCUACAGUUGGCUGGGAAGAAUUUGCCUUUUGGAGUUGAUGAAACUAGUGGGCGUUUAAUCCUACUUGAAAGCACUACCUCCAUGGCAGCUGCCAGUGCAUACUUUUUGUACAUUUUAAGCACGAAAUUUUCUGGAGCAUCCUGCUCAUACUGUUUAAUGUCAGCCAUAUUGUCCUUAAGCUUAUUUUUCAUCACUCUAAAGGACUUUGGGUUACAGGAAUUGCAGAAAGUGCUGGUUCUACAGUUAUGUGUAAUUAGUUUGGUGGUUGCUGCUUUAAGCAUCUCAUAUAGAACUUCUCAACCUGUUCCCACAAGCUUGGCUGAAGUUGAACUGCAACCUUUUACAACUGAUAUUACUACAGAGUCAAGUCCUUUGGCACUUUCUCUUGCGGGGCAUCUGCGCUCUAUAGGGGCUAAAAUGUAUGGGGCUUUCUGGUGUUCACAUUGUUUAGAACAAAAACAGAUGUUUGGACGCGAGGCAGCAAAGCUGCUAGACUAUGUAGAAUGCUUCCCAGAUGGAUAUACGAAAGGUGUUAAAAUAGCCAAGGCAUGUGCAGAUGCCAGAAUUGAGGGUUUUCCAACUUGGGUGAUUAAUGGUCAGGCUUUGAGUGGAGAGCAAGAGUUUUCAGAGCUUGCAAGAGCAUCUGGCUUUAAUUUGGAAGCUCUGAAUAAAUCUAAUUAGAUUUCUGUUCAUUUUGUAUUAUAGUGCAUGUACAGCUCCUAGUAUUCCCUUGUAAUUAUUAAGGCAAAAACGAGCUAAGUUCAUGAUUGAGCCUUAAUUAUUUUACAAACUAAUUGAUUAUGACAAAUUUAGCUAGAUAUACAAAUAAUAAUUAUUCUUCUUUUUGUAAAAAGUAUUAUUAAUAGCAAAGUGUUUAUAAUAA